AUAAAGCACUAAUCAAAAAGUCUAAAGAGUUUAGAACUAGCCCACAUAUGUGUGAGAAAGAGCACUGUGUCAUUAAAAAAAUACCAUAGAGAAUGUUUAAAUACUACGAUCAGCUUACGAGGGAAACGGGGAGGCUGCUUCUGCUGCCUGGAGAUGAUUGGGAGAGGUCUCUGCGCGCGCUGACAUGGAGAAAGCCUUGUUUAUACUCGACGCGUCUGCACGAGCGCGGUAAAAAUGACGUGGGUGACGUUGGGUGCGCAAGACCGGCAAGACCUCACUUCGAGCUGUGUGCAAAGCUUGUGUUACAGCGCGCGCGGAACCGCAUCCGAGGACGAGCUUGCGGCAUACUUCGGAGGGAAAAUUGUAAUUCUACAUCGGGAGACAACGCAGUGAAAGUCAAGAAAAGGAAGCGGGGAAAAAAGGGAGCUGUUCGUCAACGACUACGGCGCAAACAGCUCACCCGUAUUUCCCUGCCGUCAAUGAUUCUGGGUAACGUACAGUCAUUACGGAACAAACUUGACGAGUUGCAGGGAAAUGUUCGUUUUCUGCAGGAUUAUAGAAACAGCUGUGCUAUGGCAUUCACAGAAUCCUGGCUAACUGAGCAGGAUUUGGAUAAUGACUUGUGUAUUGAUGGGUUUGGCACCCCGUUUCGCACGGAUAGGAGUGCAGAAAUCACAGGUAAAUCCCGUGGUGGGGGUGUGUGCCUUUAUGUCAACAAGCGGUACUGUACUGGGGUGACUAUUCGGGAGAACAUUUGUACACCCGAUGUUGAGUUAUUAUCAAUACUCUUGUUUACUUUCUUUCUUCAGGUUUUUAAGCGCUUUGUCGAAAUCGGCCGCGUUGCAUUCGUGGCCUUCGGGCCUUACGAGGGGAAGCUGGUGGCGAUUGUAGAUGUUAUUGACCAAAACAGGGCGCUGGUGGACGGCCCGUGCACCGGGGUCAAGAGGCAGGCCAUGCCCUUCAAGUGCCUGCAGCUCACAGACUACGUCAUCAAGGUCCCUCACAGUGCCCGUCAGAAGUACGUGAGGCGAGCCUGGGAGAAGGCCGAGGUCAACAAGAAGUGGGAAGAGAGCAGCUGGGCCAAGAAGAUCGAGGCCAGGAAGAAGAGGGCAAAGAUGUCUGACUUCGAUCGCUUCAAGGUGAUGAAGGCCAAGAAAAUGAGGAACAAGAUCAUCAAGCACGAGAUGAAGAAGCUCCAGAAAGCUGAACAAAAGAAAGCAUAAACUAUCAUAAAUAAACGUGUUUGACUUGUAAACUUGA